AUGUUCGGCCUUAUCACAGAUAGUGCGAAAAAUUUCACGGAUCACUUCUUACAGAAAAAUGAGGACAUCAUCGAAGUAGAACUGAAGGACGUUUUCACAAGAUUCACCAACGACGUCUUGACUUCUACAUCAUUCGGUCUCGCUGUUGAUUCCUUUAAAAAUCCGAACAAUUUGUUCUUGGAUAUGGCUGAGAGGAUGUUUAACUUUGCUAGUGGAAUUGGAAAACUUAUUAAAUUUAAUAUCAUGAUACAAUGGCCAGCUCUGUAUGAGUUUUUAGGCCUACCAGUAUUUGAUGUCGCUGUUAACGAUUUCUUUGAAAAGCUUGUGGAAGAUACCAUCCAAAUGCGUGAAGAGCGGGGAAUAGUACGACCUGACAUGAUCCACUUGCUGAUGGAAGCCAAGAAAGAAUCUGUUAAAGAGAAAACUAUUGAUAAUGGAAAAUAUGAAGAUACAGAUACCAAAAAUCUCCAACUAACGAAUAAAGAUAUCGCAGCUCAAGCUUUCUUCUUCUAUCUGGCAGGAUUCGACGCUGUAGCUACUGUUUUAUGUUUUUUCUGCUACGAAAUUGUUGUAAAUCAAGAAAUACAAGAUAGACUGAGGGCAGAAGUGGAGGAAAGCUUCGACAAUUGUGGGGGAGCAGUCACAUAUGACACAAUCAAUGAGUUAAAAUACUUUGAUAUGGUUCUACAAGAAACAGUUAGAAAAUGGCCUCCACUUUUUGCAAUGGACCGAGUGUGCACCAAAUCAUUCACGAUUGAACCGAAAGUGCCAGAUGAGCAACCGGUAUAUUUAGAAAAGGGCACCACCUUCUGGUUGCCCAUUUACGCCCUUCAUCAUGAUCCUACGUACUUUCCAGAUCCAGACAUAUUUGACCCAGAACGAUUUAAUCCAGAAAACAAGCUUAACAUCAAGGCUGGCACGUAUCUAGCAUUUGGAUCUGGCCCUAGAAGGUGCAUAGGGUAUAGAUUGGCAUUCGUGGAAAUCAAGACAAUUCUUUUCCAUCUUUUAUACUAUUUUGAAAUAGUUAAGACGCAGAAAAGUCAAAUACCGAUCAAAAUCAAGCCUACUUCUCCUAAUCUUUGCUCCAGGGAUGGGUUUUGGUUCGCUUUUAAGAAAAUUCGAAGGUAG